AUGUCUGCAACCAGAGGAAAUGGAGAGCACUGGCAAUCUUUGGAGUCUGUGGGGAUUAGCCGUAAGGAGCUGGCUCUUGCAGAAGCCCUGCAGAUGGAGUAUGAUGCCCUGUCUCGCCUGAGACAAGACAAGGAGGAGAACCAGGCAAAGCAAAACACUGAUCAACCUCUAAUUUCUUGGGAUGAUCCCAUUCUGGAUUACAACAUACCUGCUGUAAGGAAUGACUGCCGUAAUAUUAAGGUCAUGCGAGGCCUCUCUGGCUCAGACUCAACUCUCAACUAUAAUGCGCUCUCUGACCAAGACGUUUCAAGAGCUUUGGGGACCAACAACACUACCUCAUCCAGAUUGAUGCCUGAAGCAGAAAGUCAACCUUGGUUGAAAAAUCCUCUGUCUAGUGACUAUUUGUACAUCUUUGAAAGCACAGGGAGAGACUUCCUCAAUGAUCCCCUCAAUAGUACACCCUGCCAGCACAGCAAUGGUGGUAGGUCACCCAAGAAGCUUUCUCCUCCCCCACUGCCACCUCGCAUUACCAUCUGGAACACCUCUGAAGCAAAUCAAGAUUCCCUCAAAGGACCCCAAGCCAAUAAUAUCAACAUGUUUUCCUCAUCUCAUGAGAGAGCUGAUGGAAAAUUGUUAGGUCGUAGAAUCUCGGAGGAAGACCAGUAUAGCACAGUAGAUUAUGAUGGCAUCAAUGAUGCUAUCACCCGACUCAACCUCAAGUCCACUUAUGAUACUGAUCUUCUGAGAGAAGCCACUUGGAGUUGGAAGGAAGGUAGAAGCAUUUUUGAGAAAGAAAGUAGUGGGAAGCCAGUUGCUCGUAGCAAGACCAUGCCUCCUCAAGUCCCUCCCAGGACUUACAUCUCCAGAUCUGGUGGGUGGAAGAAUGCUGCUCUCAACAAGAACCGGAGGAUAUCAGCAGAUCCAGGCACUUCUCGGCAUUAUCCUGUGUCCAAUGGUUAUGAACUAUUUGAGGUGUCUGAGGAGAAAGAUGAAGAGGUUGCUGCAUUCUGCCAUAUGCUUGAUGUAUUGAGAUCUGGCUUUGGUACCAAGGAUUACUCCCUCACAGGUUAUGUCUGGAGCACUGUCAAUCUAAGCCCUGAACAUCUUGGCCAUGGGGUUAGCUUGAAGGUGACCGUAGUUUAUGAUAGCCUACAAGAACCUCUCACAUUCACUUGUGAUUGUUCCUCCACAGUGGACUUACUCAUAUACCAGACCUUGUGUUACACUCACGAUGAAUUAUGUGACAUUGAUGUGGAUGAUUUUGUUCUCAAAAUAUGUGGUGUAGAGGAAUUCCUCCAAAACAAACAGCCACUAGGAAAUCAUGAAUAUAUUCAACACUGCAGAAAGUUUGACAUAGAUAUCCGGUUGCAACUGAUGAAGAGGAAGGCUGUUCGCACUGACCUGGCUAGGACGGUGAAUGAUGACCAAAGCCCUUCUACACUCAACCACUAUGUUCAUCUCCAGGAGAGGCCAAUCAAGCAGACCAUCACCAGGCAGGCCCUGACCCUUCUUUUUGAUACCUUCCACAAUGAGGUGGAUGCAUUCUUAGCAACUGAGGGAGAUUUCCAACUGAAAGCAGGGCGGGUAGUCCAGUCCGUCAUGGCCAUUUGCAAUGCUUUGGCUGCUGUAGAGUCCCAAGAAAUCACUGCAGCCCUGAAUCAGCUACCACCUUGUCCACCUCGCAUGCAGCCCAAAAUCCAGAAGGAUCCAAAUGUUUUGGCCAUGAGGGAGAACAGAGAGAAAAUUGUAGAAGCUUUGACAGCCUCUAUCUUGGAUCUGGUGGAGCUCUAUUGCAAUACCUUUAAUGCAGACUUCCAGACAGUGGUACAUGGGAACAGAAAGCAUUCAUUCUCCCAAGAGGCCCGACUGCUUUCCUGUUCACUGUCCUUCACAAUCUAUGCUACGCAUCGUAUACCCAUCACCUGGGUUACAAGCUAUGAAGAUUUCUACCUCUCCUGCUCACUCAUCCAUGGGGGAAAGGAGCUUUGCACCCCUCUGCAAACCCGAAAAGCUCAUGUAUGCAAGUACUUCUUUCAUCUAAUCAUCUGGGACCAACAGAUAUGUUUUCCAGUUCAGAUGAACCGUCUGCCACGAGAGACUCUUCUGACAGCCACACUCUUCGCUAUUCCACUCCCACCUCCUGGGAGCUCUUCAGAGACAAACAAGCAGCGCCGCAUCCCAGAAGCAUUGGGCUGGGUCACUACCCCUCUCUUCAACUUUCGGCAAGUCCUGACUUGUGGAAGGAAACUCCUAGGUUUGUGGCCUGCAACCCAAGGUCCUUCUAGUGCCAGAUCAAGUGCUCCCAACUUUAACCAGCCAGAUAGUGUUAUUCUACAAAUUGACUUUCCCAGCUCAUCGUUUGAAAUUAAGUUUACCAGCCCACCAGCAGCAGAAUUCAGUCCUAAGUACAACUUCAACAGUCUCUUUGAGGGAGACCAGCGGAAACUAAAGGAGGUUAUGCAGAAGGAAUCACUUUAUUGGCUAACUGAUGCAGACAAAAAGAGAUUAUGGGAGAAGCGUUAUUACUGCCAUUCUGAGCCGGGUUCGCUGCCUCUGCUGCUUGCUAGUGCCCCAAGCUGGGAGUGGGCUUGCUUGCCUGACAUCUAUGCCCUGUUGAAACAAUGGACAUACAUGAAUCAUCAAGAUGCCCUUGGACUCUUACAUGCAGCGUUCCCAGAUCAGGAAGUGAGAAGGACGGCUGUACAGUGGAUUGAUUCCAUAACUGAUGCUGAGCUAUUAGAUUAUCUGCCCCAGUUGGUACAGGCUCUCAAGUAUGAAUGCUACUUGGACAGUCCCUUGGUGCGGUUUCUUAUGAAACGAGCCAUCUGUGAUCUAAGGAUCACCCACUAUUUUUUCUGGCUUCUGAAAGAUGGUUUGAAAGAUUCUCAAUUCAGCAUUCGUUACCAGUACCUGCUAGCAGCUUUGUUAUGUUGUUGUGGAAAGGGUCUGCGAGAGGAGUUUGACCGUCAAUGCUGGCUUGUUAACACUUUGGCUAAGCUGGCUCAACAAGUCCGUGAGGCUGCUCCAUCAUCGCGACAGGCCAUCCUUCGUGAGGGACUAGAGGAUGUCAGACAGUUCUUCAAUGUCAAUGGCUCCUGUCGACUGCCGCUUAGCCCCAGCCUGCUGGUGAAAGGAAUUGUGCCCAGAGAUUGUUCUUAUUUCAAUUCAAAUGCUGUCCCUCUGAAGCUCUCUUUCCAGAAUGUAGACCCCCUUGGGGAAAAUAUCCGUGUUAUUUUUAAGUGUGGAGAUGAUCUUCGCCAAGACAUGCUAACUUUGCAAAUGAUUCGCAUAAUGAACAAGAUCUGGGUGCAAGAAGGUUUGGACAUGCGAAUGGUCAUAUUCCGUUGUUUUUCUACCGGCCGUGGUCGGGGUAUGGUGGAAAUGAUCCCCAAUGCAGAAACUUUGCGAAAAAUUCAAGUGCAGCAUGGUGUGACAGGUUCCUUCAAGGAUCGUCCCCUUGCAGACUGGUUACAGAAGCACAACCCAAAGGAGGAUGAAUAUGAAAAGGCAGUGGAGAAUUUCAUUUACUCCUGUGCUGGGUGCUGUGUAGCCACUUAUGUUUUGGGAAUUUGUGACCGGCACAAUGACAACAUCAUGCUCAAAACAACUGGACAUAUGUUCCACAUUGACUUUGGAAGGUUUCUGGGUCAUGCCCAGAUGUUUGGCAACAUCAAAAGGGACCGGGCUCCAUUUGUCUUCACAUCAGACAUGGCUUAUGUUAUCAAUGGUGGUGAUAAACCCUCCAGUCGCUUUCAUGAUUUUGUGGAUCUCUGCUGCCAAGCUUACAACCUGAUCCGGAAGCAUACUCAUCUCUUCCUCAAUCUUUUGGGACUGAUGCUGUCCUGUGGUAUUCCUGAACUCUCUGACCUUGAGGACUUAAAAUACGUCUAUGAUGCACUUAGACCACAAGACUCUGAGGCAGAUGCUACCACUUAUUUUACCAGAUUGAUAGAGUCCAGCUUGGGCAGUGUAGCCACGAAACUCAACUUCUUCAUUCACAACCUGGCCCAGAUGAAGUUCACAACAACAGACUCCCGGCCAACACUGUCAUUUGCCCCCCGUGUACACACAAUCAAGACGUCUAGCCGUAUCGUUGACAUUUUUCUCUGCCGACAUGAAAAGAUCUUCAAUCCCAGCAAAGGAUAUAUUUACAUUCUGAAAGUGAAACGAGAGCACCCUUCUGAGGUCACAUUCAUUCAGCGCACAUUUGAAGAGUUCCAGGAGCUGCACAACAAGCUACGCCUCAUCUUCCCCUCUUCACACCUCCCAAGCUUCCCUAGCAGGUUUAUAAUUGGACGAUCGCGAGGAGAGGCAGCGGCUGAGAGGAGGAAAGAGGAAUUGAAUGGCUACAUCUGGCAUCUAAUUCAUGCAGCUCCAGAGGUUGCUGAGUGUGACCUGGUAUACACAUUUUUCCACCCUCUUCCAAGGGACGAAAUUGCUGCAGGCACCAAUCCAGCACCAAAGCCUGCAAAUGCUGUAUGGUCCCAACCAAUUGGAAAAGUUGGUGGAGAGGUGAAGUUAUCAAUCUCUUAUAAGAACAACAAGCUCUUUAUAAUGGUGAUGCAUAUCCGUGGCCUCCAACCUAUUCAGGAUGGCAGUGAUCCUGAUCCUUAUGUUAAGAUUUAUCUUCUGCCCGAUCCUCAGAAAACCACCAAGAGGAAAACCAAAGUUGCUCGAAAAACUUGCAAUCCAACUUAUAAUGAAAUGCUUGUCUAUGAUGGAAUUCCUAAAGGGGAUCUACACCAGCGGGAGCUGCAUCUGAGUGUCCUGAGUGAAGAGGGCUUUUGGGAGAACAUCCUCCUAGGCGAGGUUAUAAUCAGACUACGGGAUUUAGAUCUAACACAGGAGAAGAUGGGUUGGUUUGAACUGGGCUCUAGGAGUCAUGGGAUCAUGUGAGAAGCAGGAAGGCAGCCUUAGCGUCUUUGGAACUACUUUGGCCCAUGGAAGUCCCUGGGAACUAGUGCAUGUUCCAGGAGUUGUAUCCUGGUAUAGAACUCAAAGGAUUUAAUUUUCUGCGAAUAAGAAGAUGGACAUUUUGUUUCUGUGCAAAUGAAGAGUUAAUUUCCUGUGGAGAGUGAACAUGUUGGAGUUAAUGAUAGGGAAUCCUAUGACUUGAAAUGGCUGCUGUAAACUUUUAUCUUUGAAUACUUUACCUUGUGUCAAGGGAGCAAUGACUUAACUGAGGGGGAGGGUUUAAAUAUUAAAGACUUCCC